CAUGCGUCCUCCGGUCGGCGGCGGCUGCGGCGGUGGCGGCUACCAGCGGCUCCGUUUUUUUAAAGGGAAACGCUGAGGCGCCGGGGGUGACUGUGGGGGAGGGGGACCCCGAGCCGCGGAGACCCCCAGGGGAGGCGACAGACCCCCCCCUCCCGGAGUAGGAGGGCUUUGGGCGGACCCAGCCCUCCACCCCCUCCUGAGGAGGAGGGGGGGAAAAUGGAGGCUCGGGGCGGCUGAGGCGAGCUCCGGGGCGGGGGGCCGGGGCGGGGAAGGGGGGUGCAGGGUGGGGAGACGAGGCGGGCCCGGCCGGGCCAGGGGGGGCCGAAGCGAGCUCCGGGGAUGAGCUCGGGGGCGUCUGGGUGCGAGCUCCUGCCUCUGAGGCGAAGGCGGCGGCGGCGGCAGCAGAGGCGGCGGCGAGGCCCCCAUGGGCCGGCGGCGGGCCUCAGCCGCGGCCUCCACGUCUCCGCACGCCGGCGGGAUGGCGCCCGGGCCCCGGAGGAGCCGCGCUAGCGGAGGCCUGCUGCAGCUCUGCUGAGGCGAGCCCGCCAAACUCCCCUCCCCCGCUCCGUCCUCGACCCCCCGCACCUCGCCCCUUCCCCACCCCCUCCUGCUCCGGACCACUAUGACCAUGAGAUCCGCGGUGUUCAAGGCGGCCGCGGCCCCUGCCGGCGGCAACCCUGAGCAGCGACUGGACUACGAGCGGGCUGCGGCGCUGGGCGGGCCCGAGGACGAGCCCGGGGCGGCCGAAGCCCACUUCCUCCCCCGGCACCGUAAGCUCAAGGAGCCGGGGCCCCCGCUGGCCUCCUCCCAGGGCGGGAGCCCCGCACCUUCCCCAGCCGGCUGCGGCGGCAAGGGCCGGGGCUUGUUACUCCCGGCCGGGGCGGCCCCGGGGCAGCAGGAAGAGAGCUGGGGCGGUUCGGUGCCCUUGCCCUGUCCGCCCCCAGCCACCAAGCAAGCCGGCAUUGGGGGGGAGCCCGCCGCUGCCGGAGCCGGCUGCAGCCCCCGGCCCAAGUAUCAGGCAGUGCUACCCAUUCAGACGGGCUCUCUCGUGGCGGCGGCCAAAGAGCCUACGCCCUGGGCUGGGGACAAGGGUGGGGCGGCCUCCCCCGCUGCCACCGCCUCGGACCCGGCGGGACCCCCACCACUACCUCUACCCGGGCCGCCACCCCUCGCGCCCACCGCCACCGCCGGGACCCUGGCGGCCAGCGAGGGCAGAUGGAAGAGUAUGAGGAAGAGCCCUCUCGGGGGUGGUGGUGGCUCGGGAGCCUCCAGUCAGGCCGCCUGCCUCAAACAGAUCCUUCUGCUGCAAUUGGACCUCAUCGAACAGCAACAGCAGCAGCUGCAGGCCAAGGAAAAGGAGAUAGAGGAGCUGAAGUCUGAGAGAGACACGCUCCUUGCUCGGAUUGAACGUAUGGAAAGGCGGAUGCAGCUGGUAAAGAAGGAUAAUGAGAAAGAAAGGCACAAGCUGUUUCAGGGCUAUGAAACAGAAGAGAGAGAGGAAACAGAGCUAUCUGAGAAAAUUAAACUGGAGUGCCAGCCGGAGCUUUCCGAGACAUCCCAGACUUUGCCUCCCAAGCCUUUCUCAUGUGGGCGGAGUGGAAAGGGACACAAAAGGAAAUCCCCAUUUGGAAGUACAGAAAGAAAGACUCCUGUUAAAAAGCUGGCUCCUGAAUUUUCAAAAGUCAAAACAAAAACUCCUAAGCACUCACCUAUUAAAGAGGAACCCUGUGGUUCCUUAUCUGAAACUGUUUAUAAACGUGAAUUGAGGAGCCAAGAAACCCCAGAAAAGCCCCGGUCUUCAGUGGACACCCCACCAAGACUCUCCACUCCCCAAAAGGGACCCAGCGCCCAUCCCAAGGAGAAAGCCUUCUCAAGUGAGAUAGAAGAUUUGCCGUACCUUUCCACCACAGAAAUGUAUUUGUGUCGUUGGCACCAGCCUCCCCCAUCACCGUUACCAUUACGGGAAUCCUCUCCAAAGAAGGAGGAGACUGUAGCAAGGUGUCUGAUGCCAUCAAGUGUUGCAGGAGAAACUUCAGUCUUGGCUGUUCCUUCUUGGAGGGACCACUCAGUAGAGCCUCUAAGGGACCCAAAUCCUUCAGACCUUUUGGAGAACCUGGAUGACAGUGUGUUUUCAAAGCGGCAUGCAAAACUGGAGCUGGAUGAGAAGAGAAGGAAAAGAUGGGAUAUUCAGAGGAUCAGGGAACAAAGAAUUUUACAGCGACUGCAGCUCAGAAUGUAUAAAAAGAAAGGAAUUCAGGAAUCUGAGCCUGAGGUUACCUCAUUUUUCCCUGAGCCAGAUGAUGUUGAAAGUCUGAUGAUUACCCCCUUCUUGCCUGUUGUAGCAUUUGGACGACCAUUACCAAAAUUAAUUCCACAGAAUUUUGAGCUACCCUGGUUGGAUGAGCGUAGCAGAUGCAGGUUGGAGAUCCAGAAGAAGCAAACGCCUCACCGGACAUGUAGGAAAUAGCUGUGCUGGCAAGAACCCUGUCCUCAGAUAGUUGUAGCAUGCCAUUCCAGAGAGUGGCAGAGACCUGUAUAUGUGACCUUUGUCCUCACAUGUUAUCACUCGCUGAUAAUACCCUUUCAUACUCCCUUGACUUUGUUUUCAUCACUCUGAUUUCACAAAAAGACUUGCAUUCAGCUAAUUGUGAGUUAUGGAGGGUGACUGGGAUUUCUUUUCCCUUUUUUGGGAAAUGGACUCUCAAGCUAAAUCUAUAGGAUGGCAGAUUCAGAAGUUUCAGGUGUCUGUUUCCAUACAUUUGCCUAUGUUAAUGGGGUAAAAGGGCUUUCUUCAUUAGACAUGUGGAAGAUGAAGCAACCCCUUCCUUUAGAGCUGUGCCUGCAUGGCACUCUCCUCUCCCUGGUACACCCUCCUUAUAGUGGGUAUAGUGGUUUUUACCCGAAAAUAAAACAGAAAACCUCACCAUGAGCUUUAGGACCAGAUAAGUAAUGACAAGUGAAGCGAUGAAGCAGGUCAUCUUCACAGAGUAGAAAAGACAUCGAAGAGCUGGUAGAUAACUGUCUGAAAAGAUAGUUGUUUUCUUGAAACUAUUCUGUGAUAUAGCCAUGUGGGAAGGGAUGUUUGACUGUGAUUGUUUUCUCAGUGAAUGGGUACUGAAUUUGUUUCCCUACCCCUCAAAAAAACAAAAUCUUUAGAAAAGAAAAUGGGGGUGGUUAGUUUCAGAACAAGUUACAGCUGUAAACAAAAGCAGUUAACAUUUUGGAUGGCAUGCCCAAACCUGUAUAGAUGUCCUUGUAUCACAUCACUUCUCAAGUAUUCCUUGAUUGGGCUUCAUCCUGCUAGUUGAGCUCUUGAUGAUCAAGUAGAGACUUAGGGAGGAUAGGAGGAGAGUGGAAAUAGGUCCUUCCUUUGGCUGGCAAAUGUCUACAUCUUGAAACAAACAGAUGUAUCUAAUGAGCUUCUCCAUUCACUUUGUAAAAAGAGAUUUGUAUGUGUGCCAUCUUGGUCCUCUCCCCUCCCCUGUUUUGUUAAAAUAUCAGGCUAGCACUCUCAGGCCACUUUGGUCUCAGUGUAAGAUCCCUAUUAACUAUCUGAAAGGAAAAUAGAGCCAAGACCUCUGGUCUCAAAUAUAUAGGAAUUGCCUUUCUUUAGUCUUCAGGACUAUUGUGUGAAAACAAGUAGGGGUCUAAUCUCCUAGACAGUAGGGACUUUUAUCAUUGAAGAGAAUAUGUCCCCAGAUUAUUAGCACUUUUAGAGGAGAAGCCAAGGUAUGUAGGGUGUGUGGCCGGCCCAUCAGUGGAGCAUGAGAGAGAAUGGGAUACCAUUGUGGGAAGAGAAGAAAAGUUCCUCAGGGGCCUCCCACUGCUAAAGCUUUUUGUGAGAUAUUGAUCUGUGCUUCCUGGAUUUGACUUUUAAAGGAAUUAUUCUGGCAGCACAUGGAGUAUUCUUGGAUGAUCUUGCUGCUCUUAUUUCUCCUUUUGUGUAUGUGUGUGUGGCUAUGGGUUUUCAUUUGUAACUCCAUCUGCUUAGGAGAGUGGGCUCUCUAUAAGGGAACCUGUUGUAAACUUCGUUGCAGCAAGGAUGUAGAGAGAAGUAGGACUUAAUUCCAGUAGGGGCUGUCAUCCCACACCUUAAGGAGAAGGAGAUUUCUAGAAAAACUAGGCCAGAUUUUCUUUGUUCAUCAUUUUAAUGUGGCAGGCUGUUCAGUUUUCUUAUUCUGACCUAUGUUAUAUUUCUUCAUAACGUGUCCAAAAAGAAAAAAGACCCACCCAAUCAGUGUUUCUCGACUUUGUUUUUUGAUCCCUCUCGGUUUCUUCUUGAUUUCAGCAUGUAUUAGAUUCCUAAUUUUGGAUACGAGUUAGCAAAUUUAACCAUUAUAUUUGUACCCUACCCAGGGGACUCCCCAAUUUCUGACUUGAACUAGACUGAGAGGAAUCUACGAGGUGCUAUCUGGCCAGACUGAAGGAGAUUCUAUUUCCUUGGUUCUCCCUCUCCCUGAGGACCUCUUACUUUAUUGCCCCCUCUUCUAGGUUAAUUCUCCUUUGAUUUGACUUUGUUGAGAAGGAGGUUGGAGAGUAGAUUAGUAAUGUUCCAAGAGCAAAAUUACAGUGUGUUAGAGUGUGGGGGGAAAAUUAGUCUUAUUUUUCCCUACAUGGGAUACAACACUGUGAAUUCAAUCUUCAACUGAAGGCCCUGCAGUUCUCCUAAAACAUAGUUGUUUGUUUUUCUUUAACAAAGUUUAAGCUAGUGUUAAUAAAUUAAAAAAAAAAAAAGAAAUUGCUUGUCUGUCUACUUCAACUUUGUUUUAUGCCCAUUUCAUAUUGUCUGUGUUGUAAUUCAUAACUUUUGAUACCAUUUCUGAUGUGUAAAAUUGGUUGUCUUGUAAAUAUCUUAUAAAGAGUUCAAUUGUAAAUAAACUAUUGUGGCUGUUAA